AUACUCCUUGUUAUAUUUGUGAUCAACUUCUCCAUAUUUUUUUCCUCAAACCAAAAUCAUGACUAAGGACACAAAAUCUUGGAGACCUUUUACAUCCAACUGUUGUUCAGCUGAAGACCAAACAAUAUUUGGCAAUUUUAGUAGGUGCAAAACCUCGAAAUCGGAAUUUUCGAAGAACCUAGGUCCAUUGCCAUCGUUUCGUAGGUUGUCAUUUUCGGAUUUGAGCAGGUCCUCAUCAACGCGAAUUAACGAGGAUCUUGCUCAAACAUUUGGACCUGACUUGUUUGAUUUCCAGUUGAGUGAACUGCGCGCGAUAACACAGAAUUUCUCGACGAAUUAUCUGCUCGGUGAAGGUGGAUUUGGGACAGUGCAUAAGGGGUAUGUUGAUGAGAAUUUGAGAAAUGGUUUGAAAUCUCAAGCGGUUGCUGUUAAGCUUCUUAAUAUUGAAGGACUUCAAGGGCAUAGGGAAUGGCUGGCAGAAGUAAUAUUUCUAGGGCAGCUGAGGCACAAAAACUUGGUAAGAUUGAUUGGCUAUUGUUGUGAGGAUGAGGAACGCCUUCUUGUUUACGAAUUCAUGCCCAAAGGCAGCCUUGAGAAUCAUCUCUUUAGAAGGUUAUCAAUGUCAUUGCCAUGGGGUACAAGAUUGAAGAUAGCAAUUGGAGCAGCCAAAGGCCUCGCUUUCUUGCAUGGUGCUGAAAAACCUGUUAUUUACCGUGACUUCAAAACCUCCAACAUUUUGCUUGAUUCUGACUUUACUGCUAAAUUAUCAGAUUUUGGGCUUGCACAUAUGGGCCCAGAAGGAUCAAACACCCAUGUUACUACUAGAGUAAUGGGCACUUAUGGAUAUGCAGCCCCUGAAUAUGUUAGCACAGGACAUCUUACUACAAGAAGUGACAUAUAUAGCUUUGGAGUGGUUUUGCUAGAACUACUAACUGGAAGAAGAGCAAUGGACAAAAAAAGGCCCAAGAAUGAACAAAACCUAGUGGACUGGACCAGGCCAUACUUGUCAAGUAGUCGAAGAUUGCGUUGCAUAAUGGACCCAAGACUUGGUGGACAAUAUUCAGUAAAGGGAGCAAAAGAAAUGGCCCAUCUAGCUUCAUUAUGCACUAGCUUGAACCCAAAAGACAGGCCCAAAAUGCCAGCAAUUAUUGAAACAUUAGAAGCACUUCAACAAUUAAGGGACAUGGCUGUGGCUUGUGGACAAUGGCCACCUUCUCCAAAGUCCAGCAAUAAGUAUGUUGUUUAUGCACAAAAAGGCAACAAGGAUAGCAAAAUAGUGGUUAUCAAGAAUCCCCGUGUGGCUGUUAAUAAUAAGAGCAAGUAAAUGUAUGUACUGGAAUGAAAGAUCGUGGUUGAAAUAAUUAUAUAUAUCUAUAUAUGAAUAUUGUGUCUAAUGUAUGGAGUUAAGGUGAGACCUAACUGUUUGUAAAUAAAUGAAGGCUAUCACCAUAAGGUUUUAAUAUACAUAGACUUCCUUUAACAA